AUGAACUGGGAAGACUGCUGGGUCCAAAAAGACACCCACACCGCCGCCGGCACCGGCCUCUUCGCCCGCCAAAAGAUCCUCCGCGGCCAACCCAUCUUCCGCAUCUGCCCCGAGGCCUCUGUCAACAUGUACGUGAUCCAGCUCGUCAACCACAGCUGCAUCCCCAACCUCUUCGCCCUCCAAGGCCUCGACGCCGGCACCGGCCUACUCGACUGCCGCUUCUACGCCCUGCGCGACAUCGCCGCCGGCGAGGAGCUGACGCGCUGCUACGACGACCGCGUGCUGUUUGAGGAGAGCGUUGCCGUGCGCAGGACGUGCAUGGCCGAGCUGUGGGACUUUGAGUGCCUGUGCCCCAAGUGUGUCGGGCAGUGGAUGUACCCGGUUUGGGACUGCCCCGAGGAUUGGAAGAUGGACUAUGCGCAGCCAGAUGAAGUGCUCUCGGCGUACAUGAAUGGCCUGGUGAGGGAGUUUAGGGAUGAGUAUUUGAGGCCUGGUGCGGUCGAGAAGACGCGCAUUGUGGCGCAGAGGACGCUGUUUUCGCUGCAGUGCUUUCGCGAGCAGGUGAAGUUCACAGCGAGGAGGUUGAAGAAGAGGACUUUGAGCACGAGGUAUAGGUUUAAGGUUGGGGGCAAGACGUUGCAUGAUUAUGCGUGGAGUCAGAAUUAUAAGAAGUUGCUGAAAAACUAA